CCGGGGAGCCCUAGGCAGCCGGAGCCGCGGGUCGAGGUCAUGGAUCCAGCCGGUGGUCCCCGGAACCUGCUCCCGCGGCCCUGCCGCGUGCUGGUGCUGCUGAACCCGCGCGGCGGCAAGGGCAAGGGCUUGCAGCUCUUCCGGAGCCACGUGCAGCCCCUGCUGGCCCAGGCUGAUGUCUCCUACAGGCUCAUGCUCACUGGUGAGUGCCCUCCCACCCCCAGGACGGAGCACCCACUGACAGGACCCUCCUCCAUAGCCACCUGGCUGAGCCAGGCUCAGGCCGCUGUGUUCCCACAGGUGGUGAACGGGCUCAUGGAGCGGCCUGACUGGGAGACCGCCAUCCGGAAGCCCCUGUGUAGCCUCCCCGCCGGUUCCGGCAAUGCGCUGGCAGCUUCUGUGAACCAUUAUGCCGGCUACGAGCAGGUGACCAACGAAGACCUCCUGAACAACUGCACGCUGCUGCUGUGUCGCCGGCGGCUGGCGCCCAUGAACCUGCUGUCCCUGCGGAUGGAGUCGGGGCUGCGGGUCUUCUCCGUGCUCAGCCUGGCCUGGGGCUUCAUUGCUGACGUGGACAUUGAAAGUGAGAAGUUUCGGCGCCUGGGGGAGAUGCGCUUCACUGUGGGCACCCUCCUGCGCCUGGCAGCCCUGCGGGUCUACCGGGGCCAGCUAGCCUACCUCCCCGCAGAACGGGUGGCCUCCAAGGUGCCCGCCUCCCCUGCCCUGGACCGACAGGACCAUCAGGGCCCUGUGGACACCCACCUCGUGCCCCUGGAGGAGCCGGUGCCCGCUCACUGGACUGUGGUGCCCGAGCAGGACUUCGUGCUGGUGCUGGCGCUGCUGCACUCGCACCUGGGCAGCGAGAUGUUUGCGGCCCCCAUGGGCCACCGAGCGGCCGGCGCCAUGCACCUGUUCUAUGUGCGGGCAGGCGUGUCUCGGGCCAUGCUGCUGCGCCUCUUCCUGGCCAUGGAGAAGGGCAGGCACAUGGAGUGCGACUGUCCCUACUUGGUGUAUGUGCCCGUGGUGGCCUUCCGCCUGGAGCCCAAGGAUGGGAAGGGGAUGUUUGCUGUGGACGGGGAGUUGAUGGUCAGCGAGGCGGUGCAGGGCCAGGUGCACCCAAACUACAUCUGGAUGGUCAGUGAGCCUUCAUCCCGUCUGGAGCCGCAGCCGCCGCCACCUAGCCAGCAGCCUCCGCAUGUGCCGCCUCCGGAAGAUCUCAUAUGACCCCUGGCCUGGCUGUGCCUUACUGUCUACUUAGUGUCAUCUGAGCUCAGGGCCCUCCCUCCCCCAGGCCUGGAGGGCCUGUCCCAGCUCCCGCGGGGGAGGAGGACUCCUGUGGGUAGAGGCUGUGCUUCAGAAGGACUUUCUCUGCCCGCCAAAGGCCAGGCUGAGGCCCUGGGCCAGGAGCCCAGCGGGUUUACCCAUUGUCUGUGGAGGCCACCCUAUUGUUCUGGGAGCCCCACCCCAUGAAUCAAAUCCAAAUAAAGUGGCAUCGCCAGCC